AUGAGUCGCUCGACCAGACCAAUCAGAAGGUUGUGCAUCUACACAUCAGCGGAUGAAGCUGUCAAAAACAUCAAAAGUGGAUCCACGGUUUUUCUUGGAGGUUUCGGGCCGUGUGGGAGUCCGGAAGCCCUGGUAUCUGCACUGUCCAAGACGCCGGUGAAAGACUUGGUGAUCAUCUCAAACUCCUGCCAAGGACGCGACUCCGGCAUCAGCCAUCUUCUCAAGACAAAGCAGGUCAAGAGCGUGACCUCAUCAUACCUUGGCGACAACGACCUAAUAAGGAAGCAGUACCUGUCAGGAGAACUCGAGCUGGAAUAUGUUCCUAUGGGAUCUUUAGCCGAAAAAAUUCGAGCUGGUGGAACCGGCAUUCCGGCGUUCUUCACACCGACAGGCUACGGGACCCCGGUUCACAUGGGUGGCGUCCCGAUGCGCUACGACGGACGAGGCGGAGUGGCUGCUGCCAGCCAACCCAAAGAGCACCGGGUCAUCAACGGCCAGAACUACAUCAUGGAGCAUGCCAUCACCGGCGACUUCGCACUGGUCAAAGCCUGGAGAGCGGACAAGGCUGGCAAUCUUGUGUUCAGGAGAGCGGCCCAGAACUUCAAUCCAGCUAUGUGCAGAGCCGCGAAAUUUACCAUAGCAGAGGUGGAAGAGCUGUGCGAGAUCGGAGAUAUUCCGCCGGAUCAAGUUCACCUUCCAGGAAUCUACGUAGACGGCCUCUUCAGAGGCCCGCCAGCUUCCAAGAAUCUAGAUCUGGUGUUGAAAACCCGAGAUGCACAAAAUGCAACGAUCGAUGACGCCAUCACCCGCAUCAUACGGAGGGCGGCCUUGGAAUUUCAAGACGGCAUGUACGUCAACUUGGGCGUUGGCAUCCCGCUCCUCGCAAUCUACUACCUGCCCAAGGGGAUCCGGGUCAUGCUUCACAGCGAAAACGGGGUUCUGGGUAUGGGCCCUUAUCCGGCAGAAGAUGAAGUGGACCCUGACGUCAUCAAUGCCGGUUUGCAAACAGUCACUGCCCUUCCUGGAGCAUCGUUUUGUAGCUCCGAUGACUCAUUUGGACUAGUCAGAGGGGGGCACCUUGACCUCACCAUGCUGGGCGGAAUGGAAGUGUCUCAACACGGAGAUCUGGCCAACUGGAUGAUUCCUGGCAAGCUGGUCAAAGGAAUGGGCGGGGCUAUGGACCUGGUGUUCAGCAGAGCACUCGGGACCAAGGUCGUGGUGACUAUGCAGCACGUCACCAAGAAAGGGAAGCCUAAGAUCGUGGAGAAGUGCAGACUCCCCCUGACAGGCCUCCGCUGCGUCGAUCUCAUCAUCACCGACAUGUGCGUGUUCGAAGUGAAUGAGGACCAAGGCCUCACACUAGUCGAGAUUACCGAGGGUCUCGCAGUAGAGGACAUCAUCCGAAGCACAGCGUGCGACUUCAAGGUGUCACCUGAACUCAAGCAAAUGCAGCAGGCCGACAUGUUAUAA